AGAUCUAGAAGAAAGUGAUAAGAAAUGAAUUUCUUGGAAGAAUUAAUUAAAAAGAAACAAUACCUGAAAGAGACGGAAACAAUAGUGACAAAAGUAGAUGGGAAAAGAUUUAUUGAAGGUAAAAAAGAAAAUAUUGCAUUACCAAGUAAUUACGGUUUCGUAGUGGACACAAAACCAGACGAUGUACCGAUUUUAAUUGUUGAUUAUGUGUACAUAGGCUCACAGGAUUGUGUUGCAGAUAGUGUAUUAGAAAGUUACAAUAUAAGUAAUGUACUUAGUUUAGGUAUUGAAAGAAACAUUAAAGUUAAGAAUAAAUAUGUUGAGUGUUUAGAUUUACCAGAGACAAAUAUAGUGCCUGUAGUAAAAGUGUGUUUGCCUUAUAUCAGUGAUUCUGUAGCUAAUAAGGCAAAUGUUCUAAUCCAUUGCAAUGCUGGUGUUUCGCGAACAUCUAUGGUUGUUAUCGCUUACUUGAUGUCUUUAGGAAUGGAGUACGACAAUGCGUAUAGUUUAGUGAAAUCUAAAAGACCAGCUAUACAGCCUAAUGUCGGAUUUGUUAAACAAUUGAAGACUACAAAUUUUUCCCAAAUGUCAACUUUGUAAUAUAA